UAGCUGGUUGUAGCGAGGGUUAGACGCGUUGUAUGCCGCUGCAUUUGUUUACUAAAGACCGGCGUUCAGUGUUCACUUUCGCGCUUUUGUUGAGUAACCAUGGGAAAUUCAGGAUCUGUGAAGUUAAACGACAAACGGCGGUGGCAGAGCGAAACCGCGAUGAGUCCAGCGCCCCCCGCCCAGCGAGACAAAACAAGCGCCACUCACGGCUCCGGCAAGCAGUCGUACGCGGCAAGCGCAGGGAAGUGUACGCACGACAUGGAACGUGACCGACUUGGACUAUGGGGCGCCGGCGACAACACCGCCGGCAGCCGCCUCUCCGGGCUCGACCGCCUCAGGCACCCCGGACUUAACAAGGGCAUGGCCUUCACCAUCGAGGAGCGGCAGACCCUGGGCAUCCACGGGCUGCUGCCAGCCAGGGUGAAGAGCCAGGAUGAACAGGUGCAGAUGUGCAAGCUCUCCAUCGACCGCUACGAGGACCCGCUCAACAAAUACAUGUACCUCAUGGGGUUACUUGACCGCAACGAGCAUUUGUUCUACCGCUUCGUAGGCGAGAACGUGGCAGAUAUGAUGCCCAUCGUAUACACGCCUACCGUGGGUCUCGCCUGUCAGAAGUACGGGCUGGUAUACCGCCGCCCUAGAGGACUCUUCAUCACCAUCCACGAUAAGGGACACGUUUAUGAUAUCCUUAAGAACUGGCCGGAAACGGACGUCCGCGCCAUCGUAGUGACGGACGGGGAGCGUAUCCUAGGACUCGGAGACCUGGGCGCCUGCGGCAUGGGCAUCCCCGUCGGCAAGCUGUCGCUCUACACCGCGCUCGCCGGCAUCAAGCCGCACCAGUGCUUGCCUAUCACUUUGGACGUCGGCACAAACAACCAGACGAUGCUAGAGGAUCCUCUCUACAUCGGUCUCCGACAGAAGCGCGUCCGCGGCCCCGAGUACGACGCCUUCAUCGACGAGUUCAUGCAGGCCGUCGUGCGGCGCUACGGACAGAACUGCCUCAUACAGUUCGAGGACUUCGGCAAUGCUAACGCCUUUAGGCUGCUCGAGAAGUACCGCGGAAAGUACUGCACAUUCAACGACGACAUCCAGGGUACAGCCGCAGUAGCGGUAGCUGGUCUACUCGCUAGCUUGCGUAUCACCGGCAAGAAGUUGUCUGAAAACACCAUCGUGUUCCAGGGAGCCGGAGAGGCAUCUCUAGGUAUCGCGGGUCUAUGCGUGAUGGCAAUGAUGGCAGAAGGCACGUCAGAAGAGAAGGCUCGUUCCCGCAUCUGGAUGGUGGACUCCAAGGGUCUGAUCGUCAAGAACAGGCCCGAGGGCGGACUCAACGAGCACAAGGAGAAGUUCGCAAAGGACCACGCGCCUAUCCGUACUUUGGAGGAAGUCAUCGAUGUCGCUAAACCUUCCGUGCUUAUUGGUGCGGCGGCGAUCGGUGGUGCGUUCACGACGUCGAUCCUGCGCAAGAUGGGAGCCCUCAACGACCGCCCCGUCAUCUUCGCGCUGUCCAACCCCACCAGCAAGGCCGAAUGUACUGCCAUCGACGCAUACACUAACACCGAGGAGCGAGCAAUCUUCGCGUCGGGCUCGCCGUUCCCCGACUACCGCACGAAGGACGGCCGCGUGCUGCGGCCGGGGCAGGGCAACAACUCCUACAUCUUCCCCGGACUCGCGCUCGGCGUGCUCUGCGCAGGCAUCAUCGAUAUCUCUGAGGACUUCUUGCUGUUAGCUGCUGAAGCGUUGGCGGAGAUCGUGUCCCAGGAGGACCUGGACCAGGGCAGCCUGUACCCGCCGCUCAAGGACAUUCAGAACUGCUCCGUCAAGAUCGCCAAGAAAGUCUUCGAACACGCCUACACAUGCGGUAAAGCAUCAGUGCAGCCGCAGCCCCUGAACACGGAGGAGUUCAUUCGCGCGCAAAUGUACGACGUGCGGUACUCGGCCGCCGUCCCGCCGGUCUACGAGUGGCCACACACCGAAGUGCGCGUCGACAUGAUCUAGUGCCCCGCGCGUAGCUUACAUUGCUCAGAGCUUGAACACACCACAACUUCAUAAUUACUUAAAAAAACAACUUCAAUUGGCUCACCAUACAUGCAGACAGGUCAAACUGAGAACCUUCUCUUUUGAAGUUGGAUAAAAACAGAAAAAUUCUCAUUCUAUCGAAACAACUUUUUAUCAUCUGUUUUUUUCCCUUCUUUAAAACGUCAACGGAAUUACGAAAGUUGAGGUUGCCAGCAAAAAUUUAACCAGUUUUUAAAUAAAUAUUUUUGUUGGUGGUUUUCUUGUUUUUCGUAUUCUUCUAAUGGCUAAUGUUUAAAGACAAGUGUGAAUUGAUGUUGAUAUCUCUAGAUACAAAUUAUCCAGGGUAAGACCAGGGUAGAUAAGCCGUGAAAUCGCUAUUUGGCGAUAAGAAAACUUCCAAGUCUGCUAUGGAUCUUACGUCUACUAACAGUCAUACAUUCCGGAUUGUAAUUAUCGUAAAAUGUCAUAUUGUUUGAGACUAUUAACUUGGGAUUUAAGAAAUAUUAAAAAAAUUGAAACUGAUAUUGUGAUGUUUUCAAGCGCUUGCAAUGUAUUAACAAAUAAUCUUGCUUUGAAUAUUUAUUUAAGUCGAUCGUACUGAUGACCAACGAGCGUUCUAAAGGAUUUGUUAAGUGAUCGUAACGUAUAUGGCGGUUUAAGUGACUGAAAUUAUAUUUUACAAAAUAAAAAGAGGCAUUUAUUGUGCCGCCUGAUGUUAUUUAUGUCAUUAUCUCUGGGUCGGAACACACGCGGAGCUUACGAUGAUACAUCACAUCGCGGCAAUCUCGAAGAACAUCACGACUUGAAAGCGUCGUGUGUGCGCCGACCUCAACUGUUAUUUAUUCACCAUUCCAAAAGCAACCUUGAAAUUAGUUAUAUUUUGUACUUAAGUGUUAUUUAUUAAUAAAAUUAAUGCUUGAUAAUUAAGCUCUCAUAUUAUUUAUCAAGCAGGUUUUGUAUUUUUUUUUUUCAUGUUGCAAUGUAUAUUGAGGGCAGUUUGUGGUUACAAUGUAAUACUACUUGUGUACAUUAGAAUUAGAAUAAAUUGCAUGACGUUCCUUUAAAAUUAUAGUAUAAGUUACAACUUAAACCAUGAAUGUACGGUAUUUAUAUGUAAAUUUUUGAAAAUAAAUUGAGUAUAACUGA